AUGUCACAAUUCAAAAAAGAAUUAAGCAAAAAAACUGUUCAAAAAAAAGAUCGUACACAAACUAAUACACUUUGUUCAUAUGAACGCAGUGAUAUUCAAGGAACUUACUCGACUAUUUCAACUAAUUUUGGUUUACAACAUAUCGCUCUCCAACCUGCACCGCAAUUUCCAUUUGGAUUGUAUGGGGCAAAUUGUAAUAAUGUAGAAAUAUUGAAACGAAAAUGUUCUGAUAGUAUGCGCAACGUGACAAAACAAAAAAAAGUUGAAGUAAUUGAAGUUGAAGAUGACAUUGAUAACGAAGAAGUUUCUGAUUUACCUUCAAUUGAUUUCUUGUUGCAUUGUUUGGAUUUACAUGUUGCAAAAGAUCCAACUGUUAGGGAAAUAAUCGCAGGUCAUUUUUUCGUAGUUCUACAGGAACUAGAAGCAUUCGUUGAGAUUUAUAAUGAUGAUGAAUUAAGUGACUUAGAAAUAGCUUCUUUAAUGGAAUUAAUUUCUCGUACAAAACCUUUUAAUGAUGAAGAAAAAGUGCUACAAGUAGCUGGCUACAGGCUGCCACCAAUUUUUUUUACCUCUGCAAAUAAAUUUCCCUAUAGUGAACGAACAUUGGCCAUUCCACCAGAUGUUCUAUACUGUCAAAGUAAUGAUAAAUACUAUACUCAAGAUGAAAUUGCAGAAUAUUUGAAGAAUUCCGAUCAUAAUUAUGAUUGGAUUAUUAAUGAGUUAAUAAAUAAAUUGCACGCUCUCUAUAUCAGAGUGCGUAAUUUGGACAAUAAUAAAGCCAUGCUACAAGAUUUUGUAAAAAUUAUGCUGCCCUCAAUUGCGGAAUAUAUUCACAUAAUUGAUAAACUUGUAGUGCAUGUUAGAAAAUUGUUUAUUGAUUGGAGAAAUAAGCUUUGGAUCACUCUCCUUAACAAAUAUAAAGAAUUGGGUAAUAGUUAUAAUAAGUCAUUAAGAAAAUUAUCAGCUAUUCAAAUUGCUAAUAUGAUGAGCGUGGAAGAUAUAAGGAAAAUCUGGAAACAAUGGUGUUGUAAUAUUGAUGAAGCAGCUUUGGAAGCUGCUAUGGAAUCAUUGCGUGAUGUUUGUGCUAUGGGAUUUAGAGCUAUCGACGUUGAGGAGAGCUUGAAUAAAGCUCAUGAUAGAUUUUUAUGUCUUUAUAACGAUUUAUUUACUGUUAAUUUGUCUAUUACUACCCGUUAUAAUAUAGCAACUUCAAUGGAUCUAUUAGUCUAUUAUUUUGAAGAAUUUAAACGCAAAACUAGUUCUUCAGUUAAUGAAAAGAAAAACAAUAAGAAAAAAGUAACAUCUAGAAAUACGUACGAAGUUUCUAGAAAAAUGCCUGAAAUUCCUGCAUUUACGCUUCAGGUUCCUAGAAGUAUGCUUGAAGAAUCAGCUGUUAACGAUAAAGAUGAUGAUGAUGACAAUGAAGACAGAGACGAUGAAGAUGUAGAUGAUGAAGUAGGUGAUUUUGAAAGUGAAGACAGAGAUGUAGAUGAUUUCUUGCAAGGAAAUCAAACAAAUGAACUGAACAUGAGGGAACAAGUAAAUGAAUCAAAUACAAUAACUAAUAUCGAUUCAUUGAACAAUUUGCCAGAAGUGGCAAAUAAAACAAAUGUAACAACACAAUUAGAUGGAUUGAAUGCCUUAGAUAUUUGUAACUGGCUAGUUCGUCAUCCAUAUAUACUUGAUCUCGCCAACAAAAUGUUAUCUGCAAAAACAUCUCAUGAUGAAACGAACGUGAAUAAUAGCAGCAGUAGUUUCUCAUCCUCCAAUGAAAACAAAUCACUACUUUGGGAUGAAGAACUAAAGUGUUUAUUCCUUCUUCAGCGUGACCCUUCCGGUGCUAUCUUGGAUAGCUUUAUUAGAUUAGUCUGUGGGUACAAACCAUAUACUGAAGAAGCAAAAUCUAUUAUGCGAGUCUCUCGCAAAAGAUUGGGAGAUUAUAGGAACAAACUCAAUACAAGUAUAGCUAAAUUAGUUCAGGAGUUUAAAGAAUUAAAACAAAUAGAACAGCAACGCGUACCUGCAUUACCUUCUCAAACUGAACUUAAACGUAAUGGAUCAUUUAUUAAACUUGUUCAAUUUAUUCGUGAAUGCUUCAAGAUUCAUUAUAGGAAUAAGGAUGUCAAAAAAGUAAAGGAAUUAGAUGCUUUAACUAAAGAUUUAUUUAUACCAUCACGUAGUGGAUGCAAUUUGGCUAGUUCUUUAGUACUUGAAUAA